AUGUUGCUUUCCUUCACUAUUGCUAUCUUAUGUCUUGGAACAAUUUCUGUUCAAAGUGAUGAAUUUCUUCCAGUUCGAAGCACACGAGCUAAUACAUGUUAUGGUGAACAUGGAUGUUUUACAACAGGAGCACCAUUUGGUGGAACACUACAACGACCAUUUGCUUUAUUACCUGAUCGACCGGAUGUAAUAGGAACUACAUACUAUGUAUAUACGCGUGAGACACGCAAGACGCGUAUUGAAAUUAGUCGUCAUACAUCUCUUGGCCCAUGGAAUGCAAGUAAACCCACAAAAAUUUUUAUUCACGGUUUCUUAGAUAGUACUAAUAAACCAUGGUGGGUUGAUAUGAAAAAUGCUAUACUUGAAGUUGAAGAUGUGAAUGUUAUUAUGGUUGAUUGGUCAAAGGGUAAUGGAUUUCCAUAUGAAAAAGCAUCAGCAAAUACUCAAGUAGUUGGUGCAGAAGUCGCUCUAUUUAUUAAAUAUUUUAUUGCCGAACAUGGUUGUAAAGCAACAGAUUUUCAUGUGAUUGGUCAUUCACUUGGUGGACAAACUGCAGGUUAUGUCGGAGCAAAUGUUAAUGGUUUAGGCCGAAUUACUGGUUUGGAUCCUGCUGGUCCUUAUUUUGAAAAUACUGAUCCAAAAGUUCGUCUUGAUCCUACCGAUGCUUUAUUUGUUGAUGUUAUUCAUACUGAUGGUUCUCAUAAUCUUCUUCUUGGACUUGGUAGUCUUCAACGAAUGGGUCAUGUUGACUUUUUUCCAAAUGGUGGUUAUGAUCAACCUAAAUGUCCUAAAACUUCCGGCAAAUUAAUACAUCUUCUUUUACAACUCGGCACAAUGAAUGUUGAAGGUUUUAUGGAAACAUCACUUUGUAGUCAUUUGGCUGCUGUUUAUUUCUUUACGGAUACAAUUCGUAAUCAAUGUUCUUAUACAGGUUAUUCAUGUUCUAAUUUUGAUGAUUUUAAUAAUGGUAAAUGUUCACUUGAAUGUAAUGGUAAUGAUCGUCGAUGUAAUCGUAUGGGUUAUUGGACAUCAUCAACAGCUGGUAAAGGUGAUCUAUAUUUAAAAACUCAAGAUGCUAAUACUUUUCCAUUUUGCAUAUAUCACUAUCAAAUAACACUUGAAUCAGGUUCUGAUUAUACUCAAACACGUGGUAAAGUUUCAGUUACACUUGUUGGUACAUUGGAAGCCGUUACUGUUGUUUUUGAUAAUGAUCAGACAACAUUUAAACGUGGUUCUGUAGAAACACGUUUUAUUCCAUUAACAGUUAAUAUUGGUGAUAUAACAGAAAUCAAUAUUGAUUUUAAGAAAACAGGCAAUUUAAUUUCAUCAACAUGGUAUUCAUCAACUUGGGCAUUUACUAAAGCUGUUGUACUCAAUGGUGAUCAACAACAAAGUCGUAAAUUCUGUUCAGGUGGAACAAUUACAUCCUCCGGUCCUGCUGUUCGAUUUGCUUCAUGCUAA